AUGACUUGCGAAGUCCAGACCAAGUUUCUCGUUGUGGGUGCCGGACCGGCCGGGCUGGCCUUAGCAAGUUUUCUGGGCCAAAACGGUCUGAAUGGACUUGUCAUUGCGAAAGCAGCUACCACCGCCGAUACCCCGAGAGCUCACAUAUUCAAUCCCUUCGCUUUCGAAUGCCUUCGUGAUAUUGGCAUUGAGGACCAAGGCCUGCAGCAUGCUGUACGUGGUCGCACUCUUCAAGCAAUGCGCUGGGCCCGAAGCAUGGCCGGUGAGGAGUACGGGAAAGUCCUUGGAUUUAGCGAGCAUCCGUCGUGCAUUGGUCAUACACAUGGUAUCACUCCGAGCGAGUAUGCCGAAUUGUCGCAGUCUGAACUGGAGCCCAUUUUGCUUCGGUACGCCUCGCACCACAGCUUCCAUGUUCGUUUCUCCACUGAGCUAGUGGACGUCGCACAGUUCACAGAUGAUACCGGGAAACAUGAAUAUAUUUGCACUAUCCAGGAUCUCAUCUCUCACGGCACCUGGAAAAUCCGCACUCAGUACCUUUUCGGCGCAGAUGGGGCGCGCAGCAACAUAGCUCGCUCACUGGAUUUCAAGUUUAUCAGCAAGCCAAGUAGCGGCAAGGCGUGUAAUGUCUUGCUUCGCGCAGACCUGGCGCACCUAAUGUCCAAGGAGCGCCACGCUGCGCUGCACUGGAUCCUGAAGCCCGAUCGCACCACUUUCCGCGGUAUGGUAGGCCACUUGCGCAUGGUCCGGCCGUGGAACCUGUGGGUGAUGGUCGCCUUUGGCCCGCACGGUACCAAUCCUUUCGAGGGAUUCACAGCCGAGAGACCGGAGCUGGUUGAUGCUGUGCGGGACCUAAUCGGAGAUGAUUCUGCUGAUAUCGAGAUUCUGCGGGUAGACUCGUGGGCUGUGCGCGAGAGUGUUGCAGAGCAAUACUCCUUGGGAGGGCAGAAUGCCUUCCUACUUGGCGACGCAGCGCAUCGUCACCCGCCUGCCUAUGGCUUGGGGAGUAAUACAUGUGUGCAGGAUGCGUACAACCUUGCUUGGAAGGUGGCGUACGUUUCUAAAGGCCUUGCGGGGCCACGGCUGCUUGAGCCAUAUACCAAGGAGCGCCAACCCGUCGGGGCUAUGCUCGCAACUCGCGAAGCUUUCUCAGGCAACACCGGAGGGGGAGGCCUCUCGCGCAAAAGUGCGCAACGCCAUGGAGCUUGUAGGGGAGGAGCUGCAGAGCUGGGGUGCGGCCUACAAUCAAUGGCCGGUGCUGGACGGAAUCCAAUUGUGGAUGUAGAAAUUUCCACCUAUCCCGGCAGCCGACUUCCUCAUGCCUGGUUGGACAUCCCGAUCCGCGGAAAGAUGAUCUCGACACAAGACCUGGCUGGCAAAGGCGCCUUCUGCCUACUCAUAGGGAUAGGCGGUGAUGCCUGGAGACAGGCUGCCACAACUAUUACCUGUGCAACAGGUAUUCCAAUCAACGUAUACGGGAUCGGCUAUGGUCUUGAGUACAGGGAUGUUCAUCGCGACUGGCAUGCCGCACGGGGUGUAGAGGAAACAGGAUGUGUUCUGAUACGCCCAGACAGAUUUGUGGCUUGGAGAUCCACUAAGCUGGUACCAGACUGUGAAGGCAAGCUGUUUCAUGUUCUCAACACGAUCCUGUCUAGGGAUGAACUAUGA